CAGGAGGCGCGGGAGGAGAGAGAGAUUUGAGGGGCUGGGUCGGGCGGGUCUCUUUCUCCCCCGCUCUGCCCCCCGCCUCCCACCCAUGUGAGCCGCGUCCCGAGCCCCGGUCAGGCUCAGGCUGCCGAGAGGGUCGGAGCCGGCGGCCGCGCGCGGGGGAACAUGAGGCGUUCUGUCCUCUUCCUCAGCGCGCUGGUUCCCUUCGUGUUGGCUCGGCGACCGCCGGACGAGGCGGGUGUGGGCUCCUCAGAGCGACUGGGAAAUCUUGAUUCUUUGCUCUCAGACUACGAUAUCCUUCCUUUAUCCAAUAUUCAACAGCACUCGAUAAGAAAAAGAGAUUUACAUGCAUCAACACACUUAGAAACACUACUAACUUUUUCAGCCCUGAAAAGGCAUUUUAAAUUAUACCUGACCUCAAGUACUGAACGCUUCUCCCAAAAUUUCAAAGUCGUGGUUGUUGAUGGUAACAAAGAAAGCGAGUAUGCUGUCAAAUGGCAGGACUUCUUCAGUGGACAUGUGGUUGGUGAGCCUGACUCUAGGGUUCUAGCCCAUAUAGGAGAUGGUGAUAUGACAAUAAGGAUCAACACAGAUGGGGCAGAAUAUAAUAUAGAGCCACUUUGGAGGCUAAUUAAUAAUACUGAAGACAAAAGAAUGUUAGUUUAUAAAUCCGAAGAUAUCAAGAAUAUUUCACGUUUGCAGUCUCCAAAAGUGUGUGGUUAUAUAAAUGCUGAUAAGGAAGAGUUGCUUCCAAAAGGGCUGGUGGACAGAGAGCCACCUGAUGAGCUUGUUCAUCGAGUGAAGAGAAGAGCUGAGCCAAAUCCCAUGAAGAACACGUGUAAAUUAUUGGUGGUAGCAGAUCAUCGCUUUUACAAAUACAUGGGCAGAGGGGAAGAGAGUACAACCACAAAUUACUUAAUAGAGCUUAUUGACAGAGUUGAUGACAUUUAUCGGAAUACUUCAUGGGACAAUGCAGGUUUUAAAGGUUAUGGAAUACAGAUCGAACAGAUUCGCAUUCUCAAGUCUCCACAAGAGGUAAAGCCUGGUGAAAGGCACUACAAUAUGGCAAAAAGUUACCCCAAUGAAGAAAAGGAUGCUUGGGAUGUGAAGUUGUUGCUAGAGCAAUUUAGCUUCGAUAUAGCUGAAGAAGCAUCAAAAGUCUGCCUGGCGCAUCUUUUCACUUACCAAGAUUUUGAUAUGGGCACCCUUGGAUUAGCUUAUGUUGGUUCUCCAAGAGCAAAUAGUCAUGGAGGUGUUUGUCCAAAGGCUUAUUAUAGUCCAGUUGGGAAGAAAAAUAUCUAUCUGAAUAGUGGUUUGACCAGCACAAAAAAUUACGGUAAAACCAUCCUUACAAAGGAAGCUGACCUGGUUACAACUCAUGAAUUAGGACACAAUUUCGGAGCAGAACAUGAUCCAGAUGGUUUAGCAGAAUGUGCCCCAAAUGAGGAUCAGGGAGGAAAAUACGUUAUGUAUCCCAUAGCUGUGAGUGGAGAUCAUGAGAACAAUAAGAUGUUUUCAAACUGCAGUAAACAAUCCAUCUUGAAGACCAUUGAAAGUAAAGCGCAGGAGUGUUUUCAAGAGCGCAGCAACAGAGUGUGUGGAAACUCCCGGGUGGAUGAGGGGGAGCAGUGUGACCCUGGCAUCAUGUACCUCAACAACGACACAUGCUGCAACAGUGACUGCACGCUGAAACCUGGAGUGAAGUGCAGUGAUCGGAAUAGCCCUUGCUGUAAAAACUGUCAGUUUGAGACUGCCCAGAAGAAGUGCCAGGAGGCUAUCAAUGCUACUUGUAAAGGCGUGUCUUACUGCACAGGAAACAGCAGUGAGUGUCCCCCUCCUGGAGACGCUGCAGAUGAUACCGUGUGCCUGGACCUUGGCAGGUGCAAGGAUGGGAAGUGUGUUCCCUUCUGCGAGCGGGAGCAGCGGUUGGAGUCCUGUGCCUGCAAUGAGACAGACCACUCGUGCAAGGUGUGCUGCAGAGAUCUCUCUGGCCGCUGUGUGCCCUAUGUGGACGCUGAGCAGAGGAACUUAUUUCUGAGGAAAGGAAAGCCUUGUACCGUGGGCUUUUGUGACAUGAAUGGCAAAUGUGAGAAACGUGUACAGGAUGUAAUCGAGCGUUUUUGGGACUUUAUUGACCAGCUGAGCAUUAAUACUUUUGGGAAGUUUUUGGCAGACAACAUCGUGGGUUCUGUGUUGGUUUUCUCCUUAAUAUUUUGGAUCCCUUUCAGCAUUCUUGUCCACUGUGUGGAUAAGAAACUAGACAAGCAGUAUGAAUCCCUGUCUCUCUUUCACCCCAGUAAUGUUGAAAUGCUAAGCAGCAUGGACUCUGCUUCGGUUCGCAUCAUCAAGCCCUUUCCUGCUCCCCAGACCCCAGGCCGGCUCCAGUCCACCCCUGUGAUGCCUCCAGUGCCUGCGGCUCCGAAGCUGGACCACCAGCGAAUGGACACCAUCCAGGAAGACCCCAGCACAGACUCGCAUGUGGAUGAGGACGGCUUUGAGAAGGACCCCUUUCCCAAUAGCAGUACAGCUGCCAAGUCCUUCGAGGAUCUCACAGAACGGCCAGUCACCAGGAGCGACAAGGCCUCAUCCUUUAAGCUACAGCGUCAAAAUCGUGUUGACAGCAAAGAGACAGAGUGCUAGCUUAGGGGCAGAGGCGGAGAGUGCCUGUGAGUGUGCAAACUAUUUUUAUAGCUUUGGCCUAAAAUCACUGCAUAUAUUUUGUGAAGACUUGGCAGAAGAAAGGAAGUAACUCCCCAGCAGAUGCUGGUCAUGUGUUUGGACUUCUUUCCUUCACGUACAGAGUACCACGUGUUUAGUCCCUCUCCUUUCGAGGGGAGGGGAAUCUAGCUUAUUUUGAAGCUUUCAGGUUUUAGUUUUUCUUUUUUGGUUUGAUCUUUAAAAUAUCCUUCAACCUGUGGUGCAAAAGCAAAAUAUAGCUGGAUUAGGUUAUGAAUAUUUACAUUUUUGUAAAUCAACUUUUAUAUUGGUUACAGCACUGAUUAGGGAGAUAAUCAAAUUUUUUUAUACACUGUAAUGAUCAUUGAAUAUAAUGAGGCAUUUAGCAGCUACUUGGUGAGGACAACUGGAACAUAGGAUUUUUUUUUUUUUUGCCUUCAAGCAAAAGACAAAGGAGAUAAAAUUAUUAUCUCCAAAAUGUGGGUUCUAUUUCUUGGUAUUACCUAGAGCUCUUAGCAGGGAGUAUUACACAUCUAAACUUAAAAAUAACUUGGGUUAUGAUGUCCUCCUUAUUCUAAAACAGUGUAGUUUAUCAGGAGGGUCAAAUAGUGCGAUUGUGUUUACAGAAUCGUACGAAGUGUUCAAGGCUCCUUAACUUGCAGAGCCGUUUGUGUAUGUUUUUUCAGUCUUUUCAUGCGUCUUACACUGUUUCCAUGCUCUUUUUAAGAGUGUGGCUGCCUCAUUUUAAACAGUGGACAGAGGGAGCCUGGCCUCCCUUGGGCCUGAGUGUCUGUGCCUUAUUGAACCGGUACUUUAAUCCUUUAUUAAUCCUUUGUCUGGACCUACAACAGGACUCAUGCAUUAUGCAUUACUUCUUGCUUUAGUGCUUCAGGAUUUUGGACAUCUGCAUUUACUGUGUGAAGGAUAAGAAUCAUCAGAUUGAAUUCUUGUUUCCUUAAAGUUGAGGUUAAAUCUCUCCCCUCCCCCCAGUACUAAAAUGUGCUCAUCAGCCAACAUUUUAACAGAUAACUUGUAAACUCUGAGGGCAAAUAACUGAACCUGUGACGAAUUGUAUUUUUUCCAAGGACGUUUGUUACGCAGAUACCUGUUACACUAAUACUUGAACCUGCACCUUGUGGUAUUUGCUACUUUUAACUAGCCAUGAUAUUCUUAUAUUUUAGUUACACUUUUGGAAUCUGAUAGAGGUGAGUGGGUGUGUGGGUGUAUGUAUGAGAGUGAAGCAAUUCCCUUCUGAAUGUAAGAAAAACCUUUUUUUUUUUU